AUGGAGGACACCGGAGCCCCCCUGCUCUGCUUCCCUAGCAUCAACUCCUCCUGCCGCCGCCGGCUGCUGCGGCCUCACUCUGAGACCACGCUCCUCUAUGCCCUGGUGGCCUCUGCCUCUCUGCUCACUGUGACGCUCAACCUGCUCGUCAUCAUCUCCAUCUCUCACUUCAGGCAGCUGCACAGCCCGACCAACACGCUGCUCCUGUCCCUGGCAGUGAGCGACCUGAUAGUGGGGCUGCUGGUGAUGCCCAUCGAGAGCCUGCAUUACACUGAGAUGUGCUGGCUGCUGGGGAGCUUCAUGUGCGCUCUCGCUCCUUAUCUGUCCUUCUGCCUGAUCUCCGUCUCAGUGGGCAACAUGGUGCUCAUAUCCAUAGAUCGCUACAUGGCCAUCUGUGACCCACUCCUCUAUUCCUCUAAGAUCACACUGACUAAGGUUAGGAUUUCAGUGACAAUAUGCUGGGCCUGCUCUAUCAUCUACAACGGCCUGAUUCUAAUGGACCACAUCACGUGGCCGAACAGGUUCAGCUCCUGCCAUGGAGAGUGUGUGGUGGUUAUUAGCCACCUCUCAGGCACCGUUGACCUCUUUGUUACAUUUGUGGGGCCCUGCUGUGUCAUGAUUGGUCUGUAUGUGCGGGUGUUUGUGGUUGUUGUUUCUCAGGUGCGUUUGAUUCGCUCACACAGAAGAACAACAACAACAACAGCAGCUGCGGCUGCAGCAGCGGCGGCGGCUGCCAGUCAGAAAAAGGCCCCAACUGCUAAGAUAUCAGAGAGGAAGGCAGCCAGGACUCUUGGGAUUGUGAUGGCUGUGUUUCUAAUUAGCUUCUGCCCGUAUUACUACCCGUCUUUCACAGGUCAGGACAUCUCAUACACCCUGUCCUACAUUGCCGGUGUGUCCUAUGUGAUGAUGAUGAACUCGUGCAUGAACCCGUUGAUUUACGCUCUCUUCUACCCGUGGUUUAGAAAAGCCAUCAAACUCAUCGUGACGCUUGAGUUUCUGAAGCCUCACUGCAGGGACAUCAAGUUUCUGUAGACAUUUUCUUGUACAGCAUAGUUUGUGAGGACACAUACAGACAUAACCCUAUUGUAACUUUAACCAUCACAACUAAUAACCUAAAUCAGGCCAAUUUUUUCCGACUUACACGAAAUGUCCUCACUUCCUGUAGUUUAAAGGUUUUCUUGGUCCCACAGCUCAAAAACUCUAAUUCCAAAUAUUGAAAUUACUUCUCUUUUUUGUUGAUAUUUAUUGAAUUUGUGUGUCAUGCAAUGAAGCGCCUCAUGGAUUGACAAGAUACCAAACAUAUUAUCAUUUCAAAUAAUGAAACAAAAGUUAAAUCCUAAAACUUUUUUUUUCUGUAUUAUAGUACAUCUUUAUUUUCUGAACCUACUCUUUGCUUUUUCUUUCACGUAAUAAUCGAACUUUGAAUUA